CUCGUGCCCCCUCCCCGCCUGUCCCGCGGCUCCCGGGUGCGGCUGAUCAAUGUCCGUUUUCUCAAUCAAAUCGUACUUGGAGGCGAGCAUGGCGAUUCUCCUUUCCAGGGGGCGGGUUUGGCCGGGUUUCAGCCCUGUCUAUUUUCGGGCUGUGGCCUCCGGCGUUGCCCCGAGCAGCGGCACCUCGGGUCGGGCUGUCCCGAGCAGGCUGUCCCGGGCACGGUGUCCCAGGCUGUCCCGGGGCUGCCCCCGCUGCCCCCGGCUACGCCUCAGCCCAACUUCUGCCCCGUUUGUGCUGACUCGGCCCCGGCGUGCGGAAGCGGCCUCUCGCCACACGUUCCCGCGCUGUCCCCGCUCCCGGCUCGUCCCGUCGCUCCCGGCUGUCCGGCGGGGCUGUGCCAUCCCCGUGUCCCCCUGUCCCGCUCCGGCAUGGGGCUGCCGCUCGUCCUGCUGCUGCUGCUGCCCGCGGUCCUGCCCGCCCGCUGCUGCGAGCCCCCGGAGGGCUCGGCGGGCGCCGUGCGGGCGCUGGGUGCGCGGCUGCUGGGGCUGGCGGGGGACCCCGCGCGGGACCCCGACCCCGCCGUGUACCUGGCCCUGCGCCUGGCCCGCGAGCACGACCCGCGGCUGGAGCGGCGCUACCUGGAGCGGCUGCAGGACACCUUCCGGCACUACGGCAGGAGCCUGCAGGGCCACUCCCGGUGGGACGCUGAGCGCAGCACGUACGUGAGCAGGGAGGAGCCCCCGCACACGGGGCGGCUGGCACUGUACCUGCUGGGGCUGCAGGCCACCUGCCCCCCGCUCAGUCCCCAUCGCUCGCUGGUGACAUGGCUCAAGUACUACCUGGAGGAGGACUGGACAGGCUCCCGGCGGCAAGGCCACCCCGUCACCAGUUACUACCAGUACGGGCUGGGCGUGCUGGCGCUGUGUGUGCACCGCAAGCGGGUGCGGGAGGAGGUGGUCCGGCGGCUCCUCACGGCCCAGCACCACGGAAGGCUCGGGCAUGGUGGAAACACCGUGGACACCGAGGCUGUGGUGGCACUGGCCUUCACCUGCCUGGAGCAGAGGAGGUUGGUGGGGACCGGGCUGGCGGCCAAGCUCCGGGUGGCUGCACAGGAGGCCAGCAGGAACAUGGCCAAGGCCCAGGGCCCCGACGGCAUCAUCGGCAACAUCUACAGCACCCCGUGGGCCCUGCAGGUAUUCCUGGCCACGGGUGAGUGCCAGACGGAGCCAGCGUUCGGCCAGGCCAUGGCUGCACUGCUGGAGAACCUGGAAGCCUUCGGCACCGCCGCCACCAUGGCCCAGGUGCUGCCGGUGCUGCACGGCCACUCCUACCUGGACAUCGCCUCCAUGCCCUGCAGGGAGGAGCCAGACACGCUGACCCCCCUGGACAUGGAACCCCUGGCUGAGGUGCCGGGGAACAAGACGGUGCAGCUGGUGGUGGAGUGUCCCGUGCCCUGGUGCUACGAGCUCCGGCUCUACGACCGCCUGGUGCCCGUGCCCGCCGGCGCCUCCCUCCUGGACGUGCUCCAGGCGGCUGCGGCGCUGGAGCCCCGUCACUUCAGGUUCCACGCCCAGGACACCCCCCAGGGACCCUUCCUGACGCAGGUGCUGGGGCUGGAGGCCCGGCAGGAGAAGCGGAACUACUGGCAGAUACUGACUGCGCCCAACACCCCCCUGCAGACGGGUAUCGCUGACUACAGACCCCAGGAUGGGGAGACCCUCAUCCUGCGCCUCAGCGAGUGGUAGAGGGUGGGGGGUGAUGGCAAUGAAACCCCCACUGUGGGCACAGGA